CGGAAGUGUCGCACUGGUUCGCGGAAGAGAGGUCGAAGUUGUUGUAGAAGAGUUUUGGAGCAGAUGAUGGGAGGACGAGGCGUCGGGAGAGAAGGGCAGAUUCAAGAGUUGAAGAUGAGAGAGUGUAUCUGACUGCCUGGGUGGAAUAAGACUUCAGUUUCCAGUUAAAGCUCCUUUGCUGAACUUUGAGUGAGGUCACAGAUGGGUGAACAAAGACAAGCAGGGGACCAGUGAAAUGUCGACAUGGGAGCCGCAGGGGAUUGGUGAGUGUUUGGCCUGGAAGAUGCCUGGAGACGCCUGACUAAAUAUGUCAGCCACGGCUGUCAAUGGCUCCGAUGUUUCACUCGAUGGAGAGUCCUUCCACCCCGUGGAUACAAUACUGUUGGAUUCUGCCAGCUCUGUUAAGUUGCACAUAAAGGAGGAAAGGUCAGAAUCUCUAGGUUCCUCGGCGCCCAACGAAAAUGAAAUCCUGGGAACAGAUGGAGAAGGCUCCUCGCACAGCACUGCAGAGGAGCCGGAGCGUAAAAGAAAGAAGGGCCCUGCACCCAAGAUGCUCGGCAAUGAAGUGUGCAGUGUGUGCGGAGACAAGGCUUCUGGCUUUCAUUACAACGUGCUGAGCUGUGAGGGCUGCAAAGGCUUCUUCAGGCGUAGUGUCAUGAAAAAUGCCAAGUAUACCUGCAAGAACAACGGCAAAUGUCAGAUGGACAUGUACAUGCGCCGCAAGUGCCAGGAAUGCAGACUUCGGAAGUGCAGAGAGGCUGGCAUGCGGGAACAGUGUGUGCUUUCUGAAGAGCAGAUCCGAAGUAAAAAGAUCAAGAAACAGCAACAAGAGGAAGAUGUGGUUCGAUCCUCUGCAGUUUUAAUUCCACCCAGUCCAUUGGUGGUCACUCAGGAUGUUGUACAGCUAACACCACAGCAAGAAGUAAUGAUCCAGCAACUUGUCUCCGCACAGCAACAAUGCAACAAGCGGUCCUUUAGUGAUCAGCCCAAAGUAACGCCAUGGCCUCUUGCAAACGACCCCAAUAGCAGGGAAGCCCGCCAACAGCGCUUUGCUCACUUUACAGAGCUUGCCAUCAUCUCUGUGCAAGAGAUUGUGGAUUUUGCCAAACAAGUCCCAGGUUUUUUGGAGCUAUCUCGAGAGGAUCAGAUAGCGCUUCUUAAAGCAUCCACCAUUGAGAUCAUGUUGUUGGAGACAGCGAGGCGUUACAAUCAUGAGACCGAAUGUAUAACCUUCCUGAAAGACUUCACAUACAGCAAGGAUGACUUCCACCGAGCAGGGUUACAGGUGGAAUUUAUAAACCCCAUCUUUGAGUUUUCACGUGGCAUGAGGCAGAUGCAGCUGGACGAUGCAGAAUAUGCCCUCCUAAUAGCGAUAAACAUCUUCUCUGCUGAUCGGCCAAAUGUGCAGAACCAUCAGCUUGUGGAAAACCUCCAGUUACCUUACGUGGAAGCUCUGCAUUCCUAUACCCGCAUCAAGCGACCUCAGGAUCACCUGAUGUUUCCUCGUAUGUUAAUGAAGUUGGUCAGCCUGCGCACCCUCAGCAGCGUGCACUCAGAACAGGUUUUUGCCCUCCGUCUUCAGGAUAAAAAACUGCCACCUCUACUGUCUGAGAUCUGGGAUGUUCACGAGUAGAGGCUAAUGAACAGUGUGCACCUGAGACCCUCUGACCUCCUUAACUUGCUAAGCAAUGGACGAUACAGGCGCUGCAUAUGGACUAAAUGCCAGGCCUGCAUCAAAGACCUUUCUGACAUCACCUAGGGAGAUGAUGCAAACAUUUCAGCUAACCCAUGGAAGGUUAGGUACCCUAAGUAAAGAGACUUGAGACCGGGGAGAAGUACAUACAGCUUUACAGUGACUUAUUUAUAGCUGGCCUGAUCAGUAGAAAGGGAUGCAAUCUCUUUCUCUUGGGGCUUCUACCAUGUUUGUCUUGUUUCGGGCUGGUUUUGUUUAGCUGAACCUUAGGUUGGUGACCAGGUAAGAUACAGGGCUUCUUACCCUCCCCACAGGAUGAUGACUUUUAUAAAGUAACUCCCCUGCAAGGCUAUAUGUGACAAUGACUUCAGAGCAAGUCAUGUGCUAGAUGUAAAUGUACAGAGAUCUUAUAGUUUAGUCUCGUGAAGCAGUGACUGAGCCACUGGUCUUCGCACUAAUCCUGCUGUUGUGGAAAAAAAGUUAGUAUUUUCUUAUACGGAGGCGACUGAAUGUUGUGCUAUGAGAUUAGCUACCCCCAGUGCUGUCAGUGUAGUGAAUCAGAUACCACUGUGUCUGGUCCUGCAAGGGUUCAUGGAUCAGGACAUCCCCCGAUCCCCUUCAGGCAUCACCAUAAGGCCUCCUGCACACGAACGUGUGUGCCCCGUGGCCGUGCUGCGGCCCACCAAAUGCGGGCCGAAAUGCAUGAACACCGACUGUGGGGCAGCUGCAGCGGAUCGCGGACCCAUUCAUUUUAAUGGGUCCGCAAUCUAGCCGUUCCGCAAAAAGAUAGGACAUGUUCUAUCUUUUUGCAGAACGGAAGUACGGGACGAAACCCCAC